CUCACAUGCACAUCAGACACGGAGCAUCCUGAAACAGCGCUGGGAACCCAUUCACAGCACAGCUUCUUUUUUUUUUUACAGGACGAUAAAAAAUAUAUAAAUAAAUAAAUAAAAGAAAAGAAAGUCAUAGUGUUCGAUUAGUGACGAGAAAGCAGUGCAAAUUUACUCCGUCUUUUGGUGACAUUUUGCGUAAAAACCUUGGCAGGAUCCAGAACGGGACAGGCAAGCCAACAAAACCUGAACGUGUUUCUGCGCGCGUGCGAGCUGAUGAAGAAAUCACCCGACAAUCAUCUCCAGCCUGGGGGACACAGAUAUUUCUGAUUUUCUCAUGUUUCACCCGACAAAUGCUUCAACUCAACCGUGCAGAUAAGCUGUGGCAUUGAACUCAAAAGCAACCCUCGCACACACUUACAGGAGGAGGAUGUUGAUGAAGGAGUACAGAAUAUGCAUGCCGCUCACCGUGGAAGAGUACAGGAUUGGGCAGCUGUACAUGAUCAGCAAACACAGCCACGAGCAGAGCGAUCGAGGCGAGGGAGUGGAGGUGGUACAGAACGAGCCGUUUGAGGACCCUACAUACGGUUCUGGCCAGUUCACAGAGAAACGUGUCUAUCUCAACAACAAGCUUCCCAGCUGGGCGCGAGCCGUUGUUCCCAAGAUCUUCUAUGUAACGGAGAAGGCAUGGAACUAUUACCCCUACACAAUCACCGAGUACACAUGUUCUUUCUUGCCGAAGUUUUCCAUUCACAUAGAGACAAAAUAUGAGGACAACAACGGCUGCAAUGACAAUAUCUUUGACGAGCCCAGAGAUGAGGACACUGAGGUGUGUUUCAUUGACAUUGCAUAUGAUGAAAUCCCAGAGCGCUACUACAAAGAAUCUGAGGACCUGCGCAGCUUUAAGUCAGAGAAGACAGCACGGGGUUUGCUGCAGGAGGGCUGGAGAGACACUCAGGACCCCAUCAUGUGCUCCUAUAAGCUAGUGACGGUGAAGUUCGAGGUGUGGGGGCUGCAGACACGUGUGGAGCAGUUUGUUCACAAGGUGAUAAGGGACGUGUUGUCCCUAGGUCACAGGCAAGCCUUUGCCUGGGUGGAUGAGUGGAUUGACAUGACAAUGGAGGAGGUGAGAGAGUACGAGCGUGCCACACAGGAAGCCACCAAUAAGAAGCUAGGUACAUUUCCCCCAGCCAUCAACAUCAGUGAGACGCCCCUGCCAUCAUGCGCCCAUAGCGGACCAUCCAGUGCCCCAUCCACCCCGCUCUCCACAGAAGCCCCGGACUUCCUCUCUGUGCCCAAAGAUAGACCGCGCAAGAAAUCAGCGCCGGAGACACUCACGCUCCCCGAUCCGGCCAGACGAGACUCCGGCUAUCGGCUGCCGAGCCUCUUCUCCUGGGGCUCCAGCUCACGUCAGCCUGAAUGACCCAUCCAGGGAAGAGCCCAAGCUCAGUAAUGCAGCUGUCAGAAACCUGUCUGCUAGGCACACACACACAGCAAGCCAGUCUCUGUUUUAAUCUAGGAGAGACACAAAUACACACGCAAAGUGGCUUUCCAACCUCGCCAAGCUUUUACUCUACACAGAGGUUCAGUCGAGAUCUUAUCUGCUGUUGAAAAGUGCAUUCCAGCUUUUCAAAAGAAACUUAGUUCACAGUUUACAAUAACUCAGGAGUUGUGUUUUUCUUUUUAUUCCUACUACUAGUAAUGUAGUUUUGUUAUUUCAGAUGAACUGACUGGGUAUGCUAUUCGGGGUGGAAUAAUCAGUACAAAGUAAAUGCUUUUAAUGGAAUAGAACCUGAUCCACUUUCUAAAAUAAUAGAGUUUUCAACAUAUCAAUGUCCUUUUGAGUAGAUACUGGUGUUUUUUUUGUUUUGUUUUUUUGAUUGAUUGAUUGACUGGAUUGGCACAGCUGUCCAGUACAAAUAAAGGUUGCUGAGUAUUAUAAUAAAUAUACUACUACAGUUCAUAAAAAUCCUGUUCAGGAAUGGACUGAUUCUGCAAAGCAGAAAAAAAAUGUUCCUUAUUCCUAACAAUAAUAUCAGCACUGAAAACCACUGGACCUACUGUUGUGUCUCUGUCUAUUGCUGGAUAUGUGGACUACCAAGUUUCUGUAUAUACUGUAUCUUAUGAUCAUCUUUAAUUAAUCAUCACCUAUUAUCCUUUAACACGUUACCAUUUAGGAUAAUUGAGUAUAUUGUAUUUCCCAUGCUAUUUCCAUGGUUUAACAGUAUGUGGUGCAUUGUUGUAUGUAAAUAGAAAAAUCCUAUUUCCAAGGAAUGCUUUCUGGGAAGUCUUGAAUGCUGUAUACUCUUCAUGUGAAAAGGAAUGCUUGCUGUUGGACAACGUGUACUUUGUGAAUGUAAAUGGCUUGUUGCUUUCAGAUUGAUCACAUAAAAUCGCUUUCAUUCUUUUCUAACUGAUGCCAGCAUCAAGCACAUGGCCAUAUGAAAUCAAUUCUUUGAUGUAAAAAGCUGGUAAUAAAAUAAAGCUUUAACUCUC